AUGGCAGACCGCGGCAGAGGUGGUCGUGGUCGUGGAGACCGUGGGGACCGUGGAGGUUUCCGUGGUGGACGCGGUGGUGGAAGUGGUACCUUUUCCGGCUUCGACCAGGGAGGUGGCGGCUACCGCGGGGGUCGCGGCGGUGGUGAUAAUCGUGGAGGCCGUGGAAGAGGAGAUCGUGGUGGUGGUGGUGGUGGUGGUGGGCGAGGCGGAGGUGAUUUCCGCGGUGGGCGCGGCCGAGGAGGUCGAGGCGGCAACGCCUUUAUUGGUGAGAGUGAAGUAUACAAGCCGGGUGGUGCGCCUCCCCCAAGUCUUGCUAUUACCAACCUUGAGAACAAGAUUCUGGAUGAUUUCGGAAUGGCGGCAAAGAUGUCCGCCUUGAAGCUGUCAUCUGGCAAGGGCUCGAAGACCCCUGCAAGUGAGCAUAUGCCUUGCCGACCAGCUUUCGGUAACAAAGGCACGGAAGUAACCCUAUGGACCAACUAUUUCGCAUUGGACGUCGACAAAACACCAUCACUAUAUAGAUAUACUCUGGAAGUAACAUUAGACAAAGAGGGCCCCAAGAAACCCGCCAAGGAAGGUGGUAAAAAGGAUGACAAGAAGGAUAACGGCCCACGCUCAGCAAAGGGGAUGAAGCUUCAGGCAAUUAUCAAGUCGGCACUUGCCCAAGUCUCUCGGGGAAUUCCCUAUGUAACCGAGUUCAAGAGUCAAGUCGUAUGCCUCAAGCCGUUCCAACUACCAGACGAUCAAGUCGUCAAGGUGCCGUACACGGACGAAGGCAAGAACGACAUCUGGAAUGUCAAAUUCUCUAAGUCCCCUGACGUCGAUAUGGAUAAGCUGAGGGCGUAUGCCCAGUCUAUGCAGGAUCCUGCCGGGGAGACAGCGUUCCCUAAGUUCGGAGACGUCAUGGAUGCCCUUAGUUUGAUCACGGGUUACCAAGCUCGAGUCGAUAAUAAAAUGGCUGCCGUAGGCCGAAGUCGAUAUUUCCCCUUGGAAAUCCGCUCGGAAAUUACUGACCUGGGCGAUCGAGACCACACCAUGGCCAUUCGUGGAUAUUUUCAAAGCGCCAGACUUACGACAGGGCGUAUCCUCCUAAAUGCUAACGUGUCCCACGGUGUAUUCCGCGCAAGCGGAAAUGUGGCUGACUUGAUCAGAAGGUUCUCUUCGAGUUACCGGGAUACUAAUGGUCCCCAAAAUGUGAACAAGUUCUUAUCAGGUCUGUGGUGUAACUACAGAAUGCCCGCUGAGAAAUCAGUUCCGGGGUCAAAAGGCGGCCAGAGUUCGGGUGAAAAAAUAAUACGGAAGCACAUUGCUGGUCUUGCUAGACCUGGCGAUGGCCAAGGUCAGAAUAAGCCAAGGGUAGACCGGCCUGCUAGUGGGCCUACAGGAGUCUCGUUUUUCUUGUCAGGUUCUGCUAUUCCAGGUCUGAAGGAAAAUGCUUACUGCACAGUCGCCGAGUAUUACCUCAAAAGGUAUGGCUUGAAAGUAGACCCGAAUCUACCUGUCAUAAAAUUCGGCACAAACCGUCCGACCUACUGUCCGGCAGAGUUACUCGAAGUUAUUCCAGGGCAGCCUCUCAAGCGUAAACUAACAGGCGAUGAAACGUCCAAGAUGAUCUUGUUUGCUUGUCGAUCGCCCUGGGCCAAUGCGACGUCGAUCAUGAACGAGGGUCGUAGGUGCUUGGGGCUGGAUGGAAAUACAGCGCUGACGAAGUUUAAUGUCACCGCUGGCAAGGAGCUGUUGACCGUGACGGGACGCGAGUUAUGGCCACCGAAAAUUUCGUACCUGAAUAUGCAGAAUAAGUCGCAGGAAACCAAAGUUAAUAAUGGUAGUUGGAACAUGAUAAACGUAAAGGUCGUCAAACCCGGUCGCCUAAUCAGCAAAUGGACCUGGAUCAACGUGGAAUACACCGCAGGCGGUAAGAUCGAUGAGAUUCGGAAUGCCAUUUCAGACUUUGUCCAGUUCAUGAUAAAGAUGGGCGUCAACAUGACUGAAACUCCGAUGCCAUCAUCUAGCAACACAGUCGUCUGCUCAAGAAACGAACCUCUUACUGUUCGCUUAAGGGAGAAGUUUAACCAGUUCCAAAAGAACCCCCCACAGAUGAUCUUCGUGGUUCUCCCUGGUAAGAAGACUGACAAAGAGAUAUACAAGGUCGUAAAGCUGCUCGGCGACGUUGAAUAUGGGAUCCAUACCGUGUGUGUACUCAAAUCCAACAUAGCUAAGUGCUCCCCGCAGUACUCGGCCAAUGUUGCUCUCAAGGUCAACUUGAAGAUGGGCGGUAUAAAUCACAAAUUGAAUAAUUCUGUCCCUAUCGUUAGAGAUGGCAAGACAAUGGUCCUCGGGUAUGAUGUUACCCACCCGACGAACUUGGCAGGAGGUUCGGAUGGUCUUCCAAGCUUGGUCGGGAUGGUAUCCAGUAUCGACAAGGACCUAGGCCAGUGGCCUGCUGCGGCUUGGUCGCAGACAGGAAAAGUCGAGAUGCUCAACGAAACAUUGAGGGAGAAGUUUGCUUCGCGCCUGGACUUAUGGCGAUUUCAUAACAAAGAUUUGCCGCAGAACAUCAUCAUCUUCCGAGACGGGGUAUCGGAAGGUCAAUUUGAUUUGGUCAAAGAGAAAGAACUUCCAUACAUUCGGCAGGCUUGUGCCUCGAAGUACCCGGCUAACCAGCAGCCGAGAAUCUCCAUCAUAGUAUCGGUGAAGAGACAUCAUACGCGUUUCUACCCUACCGAUCCUGGCCAUACGACAAAUUCUCGAAACAUCAAGAGCGGCACAGUGGUAGAUCGUGGAGUUACCCAGGCUGCGGUGUGGGAUUUCUUCCUGACUGCCCACCAGGCCAUCAAAGGCACAGCUAGACCUGCCCACUACACGGUUAUAUUGGACGAAAUCUUCCGUGCAUCCUUCGGGUCGGAGGCGGCCAACGCUCUCGAAGCCUUGACACACGAGAUGUGCUACCUCUUUGGUCGAGCCACAAAGGCUGUUAGCAUCUGUCCCCCGGCAUACUACGCCGACAUUGUGUGUACUCGACAGCGACUAUACCUCGAUGACUAUUUUGAGCGUGCCGAAACACAGUCCACCACCAGCUCUGUGUCCACGGUUGUAGCCCCAGACAUUCACAGGAACCUGGCAAAUACCAUGUACUACAUCUAA